AAACGCUCACACUGUACGACAGUCAGGUGCUAAUAGUUCGGUUUUAAAGAAAAUGAAAUUCGACGCGGUAACAUUUUCGCGAUAAGCGCUAAUAAAGCAACUUUGAAAAAAGGGAAAAAUCGACUCCAACUACGGUAAAAAAUGAAUCGCAUUUUUUUCGUACGACCUUGACUGAAAAAUGCCACGUUAUCGCCGUUUUAGCGUCCCAAUGUGAAUAAAUAUUUAAUGCUAUAUCGACAUAGAACGCGCUUUAUAUUUAUAGAUCGGACCGGCAUCGAACUUUAUUUUAAAUAAUUAAUAAAACACUAAACGAAAUGGCACACUAGCAACGAGUACAAUUAAAUUAUAUAGUCGGAUGUGGUUUGGUGGUUCGAUGUGUCGAAUGGGACUUUUUUUUAAUUUUCGCGACGCCGUGGAACAUCAUUUGACUGACUGAAUUAAAAGAGGUCCCCAACGCUUUCCGUCUAGUUUUCCUACGCGAAGCACGAUAGAUAAGGAAAACAGAUGUCGCUACCAUACGAUAAACGAAUUCACCGUAUAAAAUGAUACGUUGCCAGUUGCAAAAAUCGCGCGUGGAUGUAGUAAACUGUUCAGUUAUAUUUAUCGCGAAUGUUGGUACUUUUCGUGGACUUUUCAAAUUUUCGAAUUGAAACCAGGGGCACCAACAGUUUAAUUCGAAUUAAUUGCCGGGCGUUCGAACGCCGAUCAUCAGAUAAUUUCGCUAAAUAGUGAACGUUUGAUUAUUAUUAAACUAUAAUGAGUGAACGUUUUAAAGUGUCCAAAUCGCAAGAAAAAAACCGUUACAACAGCUUCAACGAUUCGAGGGACGAUGGAAAAGUUACCGAGAAGCUUUUGCAGUCGAAUAUUUCAGGAAAUGAAGAUCAAACCUUCACGUCGGACAAGAUGUCCGGAUACGAAACGAACUUGUACCUCUAUUCAGAGGAGAUGGAAGAUCGUCCCCGCAUCUCAACCCUCAUUAAUUCGCUGGCGAAUUACUCAAAUACAAUACCACCGGCUACAAACGACCCCGACGCAGUACGACCAGCGGGAGGUGGUGCCCGAAUGGGCACCUUAAUCGGAGUUUACCUCCCAUGCAUUCAAAAUAUUUUUGGUGUUAUUUUGUUUAUCCGUCUCACUUGGGUUGUUGGUACCGCAGGUGUCAUUUGGGGUUGGACUAUCGUUUUUACGUGCUGCUGCGUCACCAUGUUGACGGCUAUUUCAAUGUCCGCCAUCGCUACUAACGGAGUCGUUCCCGGUGGCGGUAGUUACUUUAUGAUAUCACGUUCUAUCGGUCCUGAGUUUGGAGGAGCAGUUGGUAUGCUCUUUUAUACCGGUACGACUUUGGCGGGGGCCAUGUAUAUCGUUGGUGCGGUCGAGAUCGUUCUGGUUUACAUGGCCCCAUCUGUCACUUUGUUCGGUGAAAUUUCCGACGAGGUUGUCAAAUUUAACAAUUUCCGCGUCUACGGGACUUGCCUUCUUCUGGUCAUGGGCACCAUCGUUUUCGUGGGGGUGAAAUUUGUCAACAAGUUCGCAGCAGUUGCUUUGGCAUGCGUACUUUUGUCCAUUGUGGCCGUCUACGUUGGAAUAUUUGUCAAUUUUAACGGAAACGAUAAAUUACAUAUGUGCGUAUUGGGCAAUCGAGUUCUAAAAUUGGAAGCAAUAGAGUAUUGCCACAAAAACGAAACGGGGCUUUUAUACAAAACAUUCUGUCCGAAUAAAACAUGCGAUCCGUACUUUGCCGGUCACGAUCUGAAAAUCGAACGUGGAAUAAAAGGCCUCGCAUCUGGUGUGUUCUUCGAAAACAUUUACAACAGUUUCCUCCAACAAGGACAGUUCAUCGCGAAAGGAAAUCAUCCCCAGGAUGUCGACAACUUGAGCGCGGAAACGUAUAAUCAAGUGUUGAACGACAUCACCACCUCCUUUACUAUUCUGAUCGGCAUAUUCUUCCCUUCUGUAACUGGAAUUAUGGCAGGGUCAAAUCGAUCAGGUGAUCUCAGAGACGCACAAAAAUCUAUCCCGAUCGGAACCAUUUGUGCCAUUUUAACUACAUCGACGGUAUACUUGUCUUCGGUACUUUUAUUUGCUGGUACUGUAGAUAAUCUGCUUCUUAGGGAUAAGUUUGGAGAAUCUAUUGGCGGACGCUUGGUCGUUGCCAAUAUCGCGUGGCCCAACCAAUGGGUCAUAUUAAUCGGAUCGUUCUUGUCAACAUUGGGCGCCGGUCUGCAGUCCUUAACUGGUGCUCCUCGUCUGCUCCAAGCGAUCGCCAAGGACGGGAUUAUUCCAUUUUUAGCGCCGUUCGCUAUAUCCUCGAGCAGAGGCGAACCCACCAGGGCCUUAAUUCUCACGUUAUUAAUCUGUGAAUGUGGUAUUCUGCUCGGCAAUGUCGACGUUCUUGCUCCCCUUCUAUCGAUGUUCUUCUUGAUGUGUUAUGGAUUCGUAAAUCUAGCCUGUGCCUUGCAAACAUUACUCAGAACUCCAAACUGGAGGCCCCGUUUCAAAUAUUAUCAUUGGUUCCUUUCCUUCUUGGGUCUAUCACUAUGCGUAGCUGUCAUGUUCAUGACGUCGUGGUAUUUAGCGCUCUUGGCUAUGGGAAUGGCCGGUCUCAUUUACAAGUACAUCGAAUACAGAGGAGCUGAGAAAGAAUGGGGUGAUGGUAUCCGAGGUUUGGCACUAUCUGCUGCACGGUAUUCCUUGUUGCGUUUAGAAGAAGGUCCUCCCCAUACCAAAAACUGGAGACCGCAGAUUUUAAUUUUCGUGAAACUGACUGAAGAUUAUUUACCCAAAUAUCGGAAACUGUUCGCAUUCGCUGCCCAACUGAAGGCAGGGAAAGGUUUAACGAUUUGUGGAUCGGUGAUCGGAGGUGAUUUUACACGUCGUUACGGCGAAGCAAUGGCGGCGAAACAAAGCCUAGGAAAAACCAUGGAAGAAGAAAGAGUGAAAGGUUUCGCCGAGAUAUUAGUCGCUAAAGAUAUAUCGGAAGGACUUUCUAAUUUGGUCCAGACUGCAGGUUUGGGUGGUCUAAAGCCUAACACAGUUAUUCUUGGAUGGCCUUAUGGCUGGAGACAAUCAGAAGACGAUCGAACUUGGCAAGUGUUCUUGCAAACGGUUCGUAAUUUAACAGCAGCCCAUAUGGCCUUGUUGGUGCCGAAAGGUAUUAAUUUCUUCCCGGAUUCGGCUGAAAAAAUGAACGGAAAUAUCGACAUCUGGUGGAUAGUACAUGACGGUGGUCUAUUAAUGUUGCUACCGUUCCUGCUCAAACAGCACCGAACAUGGAAAAAUUGCAAGCUGCGAAUUUUCACGGUGGCCCAGAUGGAAGACAAUUCGAUCCAAAUGAAGAAAGAUCUAAAAACCUUCUUGUACCAUUUGAGAAUCGAGGCGGAGGUCGAAGUUGUUGAAAUGAUGGAUAGCGAUAUUUCCGCUUACACCUACGAAAGAACUCUGAUGAUGGAACAGCGCAAUCAGAUGUUGAGGGAACUUCGAUUGAACAAAAAGGAAAGUCUGGGUGUGGUCGAGACUAUGGCGGAUUUGGAUCACUUGGCGACAGAAGACAAACUUCCUCUGGUUCAAUCUUUGGUCGAUCAACACCACCCGAAUAUAGACGCCAAAAUACCUUCCAAGGUGCGGUUUCAAGAACCCAGCGCUGGUGACGACAACAAAAACGCGGAACCUACCAACGAGCCAAACGCGGCGGAAGAGUGCGAAAACUCUACAAAAGAGAAAGAAGAUUUAUCGGAGAAAGAGAGCGCAAAAGAGUAUACCAAUGUGAACAAUGUUAACAAGAAAAUAGACGAAAGCAAAAAGGCGCCAUCAAAACCGCCAGAUGAAGAUAACGUGAGACGCAUGCACACCGCCGUGAGACUCAAUGAAGUCAUAGUGAACCGAUCCCACGAUGCUCAACUAGUUGUUUUGAACCUGCCGGGCCCUCCAAAAGAUACAAAACCGGAAAGAGAAUCAAACUACAUGGAAUUUUUGGAAGUUCUAACCGAAGGAUUGGAAAGAGUGCUAAUGGUGCGAGGAGGUGGUCAAGAAGUGAUCACCAUUUACUCGUAAUCUUCUAACGGGAUGCGUUGAGAAAUGAGUCACCAAGUGCGUUGGUGAGAAACUCCAGUAACCAAAAUCAUUGAUGAAAGGACAAUUAUUAUUGCUAGUUAAUCAAGAGCCGUAAGGCGUUAACAGUAUUUUAAAAGUAAUUUUAAUAGAUUGUUGACUUAAGAAAUAGCGAACGAAACCAAAGAGAUUGAUUAUUUUAUUCUUAACGUGAUAGAUCGCAUUUUCAAAUCCGACAAUUAAUAGUCGAAUCUUCUUUCUCCUCUAUACUUUUAUUCAAUCACAACACGAUAUUCCAUGAAGUGCUCACUUUUCUACGAGGUAUCACACACCGGCCAAGUUUACGCGCAACCUGGGAGAUUGAUGUCGGAAUUAUUUGAACUCAAGCUUGGACAAAUUUUAACGUCGGCUUAGUUAUUUUUUUUUGCAUUUUUAUUGUGAUUUUGAUUAUCUGGCUGUCUUGACGUGAUAACCGACUUUUUCUAAUUUUAUACUAUAAGUUGUGAUUUUAUUGGUAGUUGAAAAAUAUAACAUACGCAAUCUGCAAAAAAAGGCGUUUUGUUGGAUGUACACUUUAUAAGUGCCACUGUCGAUACGAUCAGAUCUGGCACAAUUUUCAGUAAAUGAUUUCCGAAAACUCCGGAAUUAGUGAUUCGUUUAAUUGCUGUUUUCUCCAAAAUUCAAUUGAAACGGCCAAUCUGUGUUUCAAAGGAAAACGAGGCGUUUUAUUAGACUUUUAGACUAGUAACUGUUCAAGAUUGUAAACAUUACUCAAUAUAGCCAUUCAACAAUUUCACAUAACGAGCCACCAUGCCAUUUCAUUUUACAUACAGUGACUAAAAACUUUCUAGGAAUAUUUAUUUUUAUUCAAUAAACAUUGAAGUGAUGCAUGCAAAACGUAGAAUGAUAUAAAAUUAAUACUUGUAAGGUUUAAGAAAACGUAUUUUUUCGCGUAAAAAGGUAAACAAACUAAAAAUCAUAAACUUAAGAGAAAACAUUUGAGCAAUAUUAACUUUAUAAUGUUAUAUUAUAUUGUAUCUAAAUGUCAAAUUACGAGUGAUAAAAUUUUACUAUAAUAUAUAUCUGGAUUUAACGCAGGUUUGUCGGGAAAACAGAAUCCCAGCCCUAGCUGGGAGUUUUCUGAGGAUAAACUUGUGCAAUGUUAACUCGUGUCUAGCAGUGUGAGAUAAUUUUCCUCUGCCCGUACUACAAAGAAAAUAGUAUUUUCUUGUGCUGAUAUUUUACCGUCGUCCUCUUGGCAUUUCAAAAUUUUGUGCUGGAUGGUAAUCAAAACGUUUUGCAUUUUUCAUUUGCGACAAGCUUGUGCCAAAUAUUUUAUCUAUGUUUACCAAUAUUGUUUGUAUGUUGGUAAAAUAGUAUUUUGAUAAAAGCCAUUUUGAAAUGCCCAGAUGAAUAAGAACAAAUCGGGAAUACGCCCAUCUUAAGCUGAGUAGGCUCAGACAGCUUGAGAGUUCGGUGUUAAAAUCUGCGAUUAGGUGGCACAUAACAUGAACUACUCUCGCAUAGUAGAGAAUGGUAGUGCUAUAGUGAUCUCAACUAGCCUUAAAGGUACCUUACUAUACUGACGUUUUUGUUUAUAUUGAUGUCUUAUUCGAAUGGUUCAUAUUUAAUAUUUAUUGCAUUUGCAUUGAGAAUCCAUGACCAUAAAGGUUGUUUAAUAUAUUUAUUAUUUCUCACAAUGGUUAGCUUUAUGACUUCAUAUAAAACGUAUUUAAUCAAAUGUUCAUAAGGUUCUUCCAUUAACCAUUUUCUGAUUAAAUCUUUUAAUCAUUUUCAAGUAUAUUUUUCUGGUGUUUAUUAAAAAAUAAUUGUUCAUUGCGCGUUUUAGUGCUUAUAGAUUUUUAAAAAUCAUUUUCAAAAAGAUUUCAUAUUCUAUAUAUUGAAUAUAGUUCGAGAUUUCUAACCUGUUUAGCAGAUAACAGUUUUGAAUAUUAAUAUUGCAUUUUCCAAUUGUUCUAUCAUUAUUGAGUAGAAGUUCACAGCAAUCUUAUGAUUAAGGCAAUAAAACAAUCUAUUGCUAUUUACAGAAAAUCUGGAUUAAUGUUUCGAUCGCGGUCUACACGACAUGCUAGCUUUUUGUAAAAAUAAAUAUUGAAUCGUCUCAUCAGAUAAGUUUAUUUUAUUAAAUUAUGGAAAUUAUUUUUUUUUAAUUUUGAUAUAAAUGCAAUAUUUAUUAAAUAGGGUAAUUAAUCAGUUGGUAGCUAGUUUUGGAUAACGCCAUUUUUACAUCAACCAUUUAUGACUGUUGGUGCCUCUCACUUUAAAUCGUGGCGUGUCAUGUAGAUGAACAAGAAUUUAUGCGUUUUGCUCUUGAAAAUAGGGCCUUGGACACCCAAAAUGUCCUGAUAUAUAGUUGUUUUCGUACUCUGUUAGAUACAUUCAAAUUUUAUCGAAAAUUGUAUUGUGCCAUCAUUAUUAUAUAUCGUAUUUAGAUAGUUAAGUUGUUGUCCCAGGUCCUAAUUUAUAUGGACUUUGUUAAACCAUUUUCAAAUUUUAUUGUGACCUCUACUUCUUUGUUCAUUUUUUAAAUGGCUAAUUAUGUUAUUUAUUCCUAUUAAUUAUACUUAUUAUUACUAUUAUUGACAAUGUGUUCAUUGGAUAAAAAUAUAAAAACAUUAAAUAGUAAAUAG